ACAAAGAGAAAGGAAAUAUUUGUAGAAGCAGGGAGGCAACAGAGCACAAAAGAAGACGACAAGACACAAGCCAGACAUGAGCCUCCAGGUGUGUCACUGUGGCUGGUCCAAAGUGACGACUUACCAUGGCCUGAGAACUCACCAGGGGAAGAUGGGAUGCACAAAGAGGGGUGUGAAGGUUGAGAGUGAACAGCAGUACAUGUGGGGAAAUGUGGGGUUUACAAACAAUCAAAAGGACCUGCGUCUGGAUGUCUACGCCUCUAUCAAGACUGAUACAACAGACUACAUCUGUUCCGACUUGAGCCUCCAGGUUUGUCACUGUGGCUGGUCCAAAGUGACGACUUACCAUGGCCUGAGAACUCACCAGGGGAAGAUGGGAUGCACAAAGAGGGGUGUGAAGGUUGAGAAGAGUGAACAGCAGUACAUGUGGGGAAAUGUGGGGUUUACAAACAAUCAAAAGGACCUGCGUCUGGAUGUCUACGCCUCUAUCAAGACUGAUACAACAGACUACAUCUGUUCCGACUUGAGCCUCCAGGUUUGUCACUGUGGUUGGUCCAAAGUGACGACUUACCAUGGCCUGAGAACUCACCAGGGGAAGAUGGGAUGCACACCGAAGGCAGCAAGUAUCCCAAAGAAAGAGCAGUACGUGUGGACAAAUGAGUGGGAAGAAGUGGAUGAAAGGAAACAUCAGCCUGCUAAGACUGUCAAGAAGGAGAAUGUGGCGACGUCCUCAAGCAUGAAAGUCUGCAGCAGCUCUGCGGCAACAGCAGCUGCAAUUAAGGUGGAAUGCAAAGAACGUAUGUACAGGAUUAUAGUUCAGUCAGUACAAGAGUUUGCACAACAAUCUGAAAAAUAAAGCAGCUAAGCAUGAUACUGACCUUCUACUUUUACCAUAGAUUUUACUAAUUCACAGCACUCUUUUCAAAUAGCCACAAAAUCAAAGUCACGCCGUCAGCUGUAUGAUUUCUCCGCUGGUAUGCAGGUACAGCAUAUAACUGUUCCAUCAAGAACAAACAAAAUACAAAACCAAACAAUUAAUCUUUAACCAGGAUGUAAAUGUCUUUCA